AAACCUGACUUAUCAAACUGACAAGUCUGUCAAAUCAAAUCAAUACAAUCAUUUCAAAGCAACGUUAUUAUUUAGAAAUCUUUAUUUUUAUUAUUAUUUCGUCAACAAAAUGAUGGAGGAAGACGAAGAAACCAGUUUAAUAAUCUGCCGAACGAAAUCCGAUUUGCCAGCGAGGCGUCGCCCGAAGAGGAUUAGGAUACCACGCCGCGCCCUGUCCGUGGCGAUACCAGAGCCCAAGAUCAUGGUCAUGACUGCUGGGAUAAAGCCUGUGCCUAUUAAGCUGCGUCAAUGUCUAAUAUCGCCCUUGACACUGUACGAGCUGAGCGCUGCCGUGGUGGACGGGCUGGACUAUCCUGACGCGUUCAAGUGGACGGAGACCGAUGUCGCCAAGUGGAUGGUGAACGUCGUCGGCUUACCGCAGUAUAGGAGAUGUAUCUUCGCUAACAAGAUCAACGGCAAAAGACUGCUGCGAAUGGAACUGCCGUCGUCUCUGCCUGAUAUUAACAUACACGACUACGCUCAUAUUGCAAAAAUAACCGCAGAAGUGAGAAAGCUAUAUGUGACUGACUUCAUUCGUUUCUCUCGGAGCAUCGGCUUGCCGUUUCGGAAGCCGCUCACGCAUUGCACGUGGUUCAAAGCCAGGACCGGCAUGCAGUGGGGGAUACGACAGAAUUGGACCAGGAGUGACAUACUACGAUGGAUGCAAAUUUUGAAUCCGAAACCGUUGUACCUGGACCACUGGGAUUUAGUAUGGUACCAGAAGGCAGAUUUUCCAAAGACCAUGUUUGCAAGAAUACCACGAGCUCCACCGCGUGAAGAGCUACCACACUAUGAACCCCCUGAGGAGUUCUGCAAUGAGUACCUGACUCCUCGACGAUUCAGACUGCAAGCGAACAUUCCAGAAGACGCCCAACUCAUCUGGAUGGAGCAUAGACCAGGCUCGCCGAACAGAAAGGAGCCCUUAACUAAAGAGGAAAAAAAGAAGUUGAAAAAACAACAAAGUAUCAAGCCCAAGGAUUCUCGACUGAUUCCUAAGAGACCCUGCUUGACCGGACUGUCUGGUAAGGACUUAAUACUGGCUAGAAGGAAGAUGCCCAAACCUAAGUUCUUGAGCGGUUUUAAGUGAGAAGGUGGUAAGUAUUAUGCAGGCUGGUGAUAUUGUAUUAGGUAGUAAUUUACAAG